GCCGUCUGCAGGCGACAAGCCACGGAGCCACGGAGCCACAGCUGAUUCUCUCCGCUCAGCUAUUUUUCCAAACUGCAUCUGCAUAAGAUAAUUAAGAAGAUGAGGAUUUUCAGUCUCCUGUUGGAAACAGUGCGAAGAGAAAUUGCAAACAAAGUCUAAAAAAAAAGGGAGAAAAAAAACAUCCUUCUGGAUACUUGCUGGAUUUCAAACUUCACUAGAAACCAUCUACAGUCAGUGGGACCUGAUGUGUGUCGGGGGGCUAUGGUGACGCGAUGUGCACAGGCUGGUGUGAGGAGAGAUGUACCAGCGUCAGUGGAGGAAGACGCAGGGAUAAAGGAUCGGAUCUUCACCAAUGGCUGUGCAUCACAAUCUUGUUCUCUGCUCUGUGGGGCCGAGGUUCGCCCCAGUGCCCGGACAGCUGCCACUGUGCCUGGGAGACAGCCACGGUGCAGUGCUCAGACGCUGGGCUGCGGGAGAUCCCAGAGGGGAUUCCACCGGAAACCGUCUCCCUCCACCUGGAACGCAACUUCAUCCGGAACAUCCCGGAGAGGGCCUUCAGCGACCUGGUCCACCUGCGGGACCUGUACCUGUCCCACAACCGCAUCGACACGCUGGCCUCGGGGGCCUUGCGGCACCUGGGCUCCGAGCUGCGUCUGCUGGACCUCUCACACAACCUGCUGAGACAGGCCAACAGGGACGAGUUUGGCUCCACGAGAGCAAAGACGCGCCUCUACCACAACCCCUGGCACUGCGACUGCGCCCUCCAGGAGCUGAUGGAGACCCUGAACCUCGAGCCCGAAACUGUGAACGGGAUUGUUUGUGAGAGCUCUGUGCGGGGGGUGGGCGAGGGCAGCAGGUGGGAGGACCCGGGGGCGCAGGGCGAGCAUGCGGGUCAGCCGCUCGUCAAACUGUUGGACUCUGGGGUGAACUUCUGCAGCCUGCAGAGGAAAACCACCGAUGUGGCCAUGCUGGUGACCAUGUUCGUGUGGUUCUUCAUGGUCAUCGUGUACGUGGUGUACUAUGUGAGGCAGAACCAAGCCGAGGCCCGCAGGCAUUUGGAGUACCUGAAGAGUUUACCCAGCCCUGGCAAGACCCCCACUGAGACAGACACUCUCAGCACUGGCUUCUGAACUUCUGCCCUGCUGGUAUUUAAAAGGAAUAAUCAAUAAAUAAGGUUUUAUGGAGAGAGACUGAUAAAUGUACAAAUACAGUGUGGAGUUACCGACCGGAGGACGCAGAUACAGAGGGAAUUAACCUUUUACAGCCGUGUUUGCAUAUUUUUUUAUAUUUGUUACUACUAAUUCCUCCAUAUUUUUUCUUAAUAGUUCUUUUCCUCCUGCAGUUUUCUCAGUUUAAUGAAAAAUAAUUAGUGUGUUUCAUUUUACCAUCUGCACCGAGAGAGAAAAAAGAGAAGAAACAGGAGUAAAUGAAAACAUUAUUACCUUUUAUCUCCCUCUCGCAAUCCGUCUUUCCUCCUCUCCUUGUCCCACCAGUCUGUGGCCUUCUAUCUUUCAUUAAGCUCUUAUUAGGAGUCUUUGACCAACUGACCCUUAAUGAACACUGGAAAGCCACUAAUCAGGUGGAGUGUGUAUUUCAGGUCUAAAAGGGGAGCGUACACACUCAAGUUUGUGUCCUCACCUAAUUGUGUCAUAUUUGAAUUUGUGUGUGUGUGUGUGUAUGUGAUGUUUUUGUGUGUUGUUACAACCAUUUUUUCCCAAUACACGACAACAAAGCCAGUAGUUUCCGAGCCAGUGGAGAACUGCCGAUCCAAAUGUACUCUCAGGGAGCAUUACAGCCAGAGGUUGUGAACUACAUUGUCUCUAAGCUGCAGGAAAUCAGCUCUAAAGUAUCUAGACAGCUUAGUGUACUGAUCGGCACAGAGACAUUUCAAGCAGAAAUGGAUCGUGGGUAUGAAUUAGAUUAGAAUAGCCAUUUAUCCUGAGAGAACCUCUACGUUUAGCUUUAAUUAAUCUCUAGAGUCCAGUUUCCUCUCUGCACUGAUUGCUGUGUACAAAUGGUUUCACCUCUGAUUUUCCAUACAGGCUGCAGCUAUAACUGAUUUAUUCUUGUGGAAACGAGCACUCUGUUUUCCCAGUUAGCACAUUUGAUGCUUGUUGUGAUACGUUCCUGACGAGGAGGGUUUGUGCUGUAGUUUCACUGCAUUUCCAGCUCAGAGUAAACGGAACAAAACCUGACAGGAUUAACAGCCACCUUUUUUAAUUCCGCUUGAGUUCCUCCUAAUCAUAUUUACUGUGGCGCGGCCUCUGGAGCAUUGUACUCUCUGGAGGGGAGGGUGGGGUAUUGUGUGAGUAUUUGUCAUUCUUCACGGUUACAAAAAGAAACAGCAAAUGGCUUCCCUCAAAUAUUAGUCAGCAACAUUUAAUAUGUCGGCCCUAUAAGGGGAGUCAUCUAUUUGGACAGAAUAAGGGAAAGAAAAUCACUCUUGUUGAGUUGAUUUUGUCUGUAACAGAUUAUGAGGGUUUACGAAUAUCCAUUGAUUUGUUUAAAAGGUCCCACAAGGAACCUUUCAACGAACUUUAGCCUUGCCUUUAGACUUAACAUUAGCCCGACUCGCUUCCCCCGCUUCUGUUUCCUCUCCCUCCGUCGAAACUAUUUUCGCCCUGAUUGUCUCAUUUGCUGUUGCAGGUCAUAGGGCAGCAAUAUUCAAAUAAGACCGUUUCACAACCAGUUAAAAAAUCCAUCUAGGGUCUUAUUGCAAGUACAGUAAUUAAGGAAGGCUAAUGGUCACAGACUGUAUCUAAAGAUGGAUGACUCCUCUCCUCUUCCUCCCACUAUCCAGCAAUGAAGCCAAAAUAUCCGGCAUACGAACGCUGCCAUCUUGCACAUUUGGUGCCCAGCUCGGUCAGUCCUGUUUUUAAUCACAUCAAAUAACUAUUCCAAACCAAACUUACUGGAAAUAUUGACACAUAAAUAUAACAAGAACUACCUAGAAUAACCAUCUAAAAGAAAAAUCUAUUUGACAGGUACUUUGAGUUUAGUCUACAUCCCAUCCACUAACAUAGAGGAGGUGAUAUUUAUGAGCGAUACUGCAGUCAGCCACAAGGCGGUGACCACAGCGCUUUGGCUUCAGUUUUGGGGACCUGUCAUGUCGCACAUCUUUACACACACUCUAGUGUCAUGGUUCACAUUACACCUGCUAACAAUAGCAUGUCAUCUAUAAACUCUUAUUCAUGUGUCUUUAAUCCCAGACUGAUUAACGUGUACAGUAAGUGUUAUAGUAAAGUAGGACUUUGCCCAUUUAAUCUGACAGUCAGGUUGAUAGGAGCAGAGGCAAAACCUAGAAUAGGUCAACUGUCUGUGUCCUGUACUGUGCUACAUGUAAUGUGUGUGUUUGAAUCUUCAGAGAAAGACUGGUUCAAGUCAAUGUUGUUCAGGAUGGAACAUACUGUGAAUUAUAGAACUAGACUGAUGAUGUCAAUAGUGUUGUGAUGAAUGUGAAAAACCUCUCUGGUAUUAGACCACAAGCUAAAAGAUGAGACUAUAAAAAGGUAGAUAUUUGUUCUGUGAAUUUAAAAACAAAAAUGUAACUCCAUGUCCCCCGGAUAUUUUAUGAAUGCUUCAUGUCGAUCAUUUAAUGUGGGUGUUGCCAGAGUUUACUUUCACCAAAUGGAUUAUUUGAAACACAAGAACCACAAGAACCAAGCUUAACCUGUUGUGUGUAGAUUUUUCUGUAAGUAUUUCUUUUUAUUGUUGAUGUACUUUUCUGUUUUGGUGUUUGGUUUUCUCUCCUGUUUCUAUGCCAACAAUUGUUCAAACAAGGAUAAAGUCAUAGAUCGGAAACCAUUACAUUAAAUAAUAAAAGGAAAAAUAAAAACAAAUAUAUAAGAACGAAAUGAAUAAGAAACAUUGCUCUACUUUGUUCAUAGAAAUGCUUUUACCUUUUAUUGCUAAUGCAAAGUGUAGAAAGGUAAGAGGAUAAAGAGAAGUUAUAGAAGUACACAAAGACAUUAUCAGUUCACAGAUAUGAGCUGAUCGGUCAGCACCUAUUUUUAGUUCACUAUGUGGUAAAAUGAAAGGAAAGACUGAAAUACUAUUUUACAUAUAUAAAAUGUACAUGAUAUGAUUUUUUACCACCUCUUUCUUCAACAUUUUGUAUGUUGUUCUCCUAUUACCAUCAAAACUGGCCCCACAUCCAUCCAUCUCUCCACCUCCUUCUUGAAAUCUGGGAUAUGUAGCGCCACAAAAACACAAAGUUGAGGCCGGGCACAGCGAAAUGUUUUUGUGGGACGACUUAUUUUCAUGGAAUUUCCUCGGGGACGAGUAAAGACCAAUAAUUUCCCCGGAUGUUUCAACAUGAGGGAGAACAAAACGGGAUAAGAAUAAAAAGCAACUUCAGCCUGUCACUUGGUUUUGUCUUUUAUUUCCAAUUUACAUUAAUUAAAACGUAACAAAAACAAGUCAUGAUCAUAAUAAUAAUAUAAUAAUGCUAUUAUUAUUAAUAAUAAUACUAUUAUUAAUAAUAAGAAAUAUACACAACCUCACACAAAUGAACCCUCUGCGCUGGCCGUGUGGAACUGGAGCAACAAAGUCAAACACACCUUAAAAUCUCUUCAGCCAUUUGAGUGUGUAAACACCGAGGCAGAGGGCGCGGCCUGUGUGAGGGGACUGAUGGGAGGGAAUCGAGAGGGAUGGGGGGGUCAAAGGUCACAGCAAAUGUGGAAGGGAGGGGGGGGCAGCAAACUGGGCUUUCAUGACCAAAUCUUUUUAAAAUAUUGGUCCUAUUGUUAUUUGCCUAAAAUAUGGGACUUGUAAACAAAGAUUCAGGGGGAAAAAAGGCCUUAGUUUGAUUUGUGAAGUUGUUUUUUUUAGUGUGAGGUAGCUUUAUAAUAUCAAAACAAAUAUAAAGAAAAACGAAAGAAAAAUUACAUGCGUUCCAGAUUAGACAAUUAGCUUGGUUGUAUGAAUUCAAUCAGGGACUCGUGUGUUUACAUACGAGGGCGGGCGAAGCAGGCGACAGUUAUCACCCUGAAAUCCAAAAUCCCAGGGUGAAAUGCUCAGAGAAACUGCAUAUAUAUGUAUACACACAUAUACAUACAUAUAUGUACAAGCCACUACGAAUGAGUAUCUGGUUGUUAAAAAAUACAGACUGUUAUACAACAAUAGCACCAUUGACCUUUAUUAUGAUACACAGUAACGUUUUCGAUACACACUGUGGUGGUAGAAAUAGCGACACCUGCACUUUCUAAGUAGCAAGAUUUUUGGUUUCAAAGAGUUAUUUAGUGGAUAUGGCAAAGGGGUGAUGGGGUUGCUUAGAAAAGAGGAGGAUGUAAGAGGAGGUUGGUGGAUAAGGUUUUUUUUUUUGUGUAAAUGGGAUUUUUUUAUUACUUAGCAUCAAACUCAGUCCUACCGCACCCGGGAGCCAAACCUAAACAAUAAAUAAAUAACACCAAGACAUUUUUCUCUCUCUAGUUCCCUGGUACGUUCCCGUACUCUCCUCAUACUUCCUCCGUCUUGUUCAUGGAUGUGGGGUGGGGCUUGUGUAGGCGGGGGGCUGCUGUUCACCUGGGGUGGAGUGGGGGGGGCUUUUGGGGCGAUGCUGGGUGUCCGUGGGGGCGGGGCGAGUUGACUGGAUGAAUCACAGAUGACAGUUGCUAGUGCCAUUCAGUGCAGAUAUCCUACGAAGUUCGACUUGGAAAAAAGCACUUUUUACUUAGAAAAAAAGUCCCAUUUAAAAAAA